AAUUGAUAUUCCAUUGACCCACAAGUCCACUAGCAUUUGCUACAUAAAGGAUAACCCUAUUAAUCUGAUCGGUCCAUUAUCAAGAAAGCCAGCUUCAAUUCAAUUCUCAGUUGAAAAAAAAAUCAAUUCCCAUCCAACAAGAUGCAGCAUGGUAAUAAUGACCCCGGAAAGGUCAUCCUCACAGGGAUCCUCUUUGCCUCCUUCUUGGGGCUUGUCACCGCCGCUGCUAAAGAUAAAAGAGAUGAAACAAUAAGCAUCAUCCCAAAGCUAGAGAGAACAGGAUCUGGCCGUGUUGGAAAUCUUGAAAGAUUCUCUCAUUAUGUUGCUAGGCAACUGGGAUUUGCAGAUCCAAAUGAGUGUCCACAGCUAUGCAAAUUGGCGUAUGAUUAUUUGAGAAAAUCUAAAGAUUGUGAGGGUAACAUCUAUGAAUUUUUUGCUAAUGAAGCUGAGGCUGAGUCUCUGUACGUGAAGCUGAUAGAAGAGUUUGAAAGAUGCAUCCUCAGUUACUUUGCCUUUCACUGGACUCAAGUCUCCCAUUUGAUCACUCAGGUGAUCAAUAAUGAAUCAGAGAAGAAGCCGAAGCUGAAAGAUUUUGUAAUGGCAGCCACAAGGAAACAAAGAUUUGAAAGGGUGAAUAAGGACUUAAAGGUAACGAGGGUCUUCUCUACGCUGGUGGAGGAGAUGAAAGCAAUCGGCAAGGGUGAUUCACAAAGUUCUAAUUUGAUGGUGCCAGUCGCCCUUAGUGAGAGGAGUCCGGUACUGCUACUCGUGGGCGGUGGUAUGGGGGCUGGCAAGAGCACUGUCAUCAAAGACAUUCUCAAGGAGUCAUUCUGGUCGGGAGCAGCACCGGUAAUCGUAGAGGCUGACGCAUUUAAGGAAUCGGAUGUUAUUUACAGAGCCAUAAGCGCUAUGGGUCAUCACGAUGACAUGCUUCAAACAGCUGAAUUGGUGCACCAAUCAUCAACUGAUGCUGCAUCAUCUCUCCUAGUAACUGCAUUGAACGAGGGUCGAGAUGUGAUCAUGGAUGGUACCCUCUCAUGGGAGCCUUUUGUUGAGCAGACGAUUGCAAUGGCACGUAACGUGCACAAAUACAGAUAUCGAAUGGGAGUAGGAUACAAAGUGGCUGCCGAUGGAACCAUUACUGAAAAUUACUGGGAAAGAGAGGAAGAUGAAAUUCGGGAAAAGAAAUCAUAUAGGAUAGAGAUGGUUGGUGUUAUUUGUGAUGCUUAUCUUGCUGUUGCUAGAGGCAUCAGGAGAGCUAUAAUUACUAGAAGAGCUGUGAGAGUUGGCUCACAGUUGAAGUCUCACCAGAGAUUUGCAGCUGCAUUUCGAAGAUACUGCCAACUUGUUGACAGUGCCAGGCUAUACUCCACCAAUGCAGUAGGAGGACCACCUAGGCUGAUUGCGAGGAAAGAUGGAGAUAACAAGCUGCUAAUUGAUCCAGAAGAAAUCAAAUGCUUGACAAAUGUGAGCAAUUUAAACUCUGAUGCAGAAUCUAUCUACGAGCUCUACUCUGACCCAAGCCCAAUCUACGAAUCCGGCUCAGCUUGGAAAGAGGUCAUCUUAGCCCCUUCAAGGUCUGCCAUUCAAUCAGAGCUCAAAACGUCAAUUCAAAAGCUUGAAAUGCCACCACCAUCAACAAAGAGUUAGCUUGAAGAACCGAUGGAGUCUUUCAGAAUUUAGCCCCAAAUUUUAACUUGUGAUGUUUAAUUUGGAGAACUGUGUGUGCUUAUUCAACUGGACAUGGUUUUUGCUAUCUUCAAAAACGGGAACAAAAUUACAGGAGAAAUAGAGAUCAAAGCGAUUUCAUUCAACUAAA